UCAAGUGUAUAUUUCGGUUCCCAUUCAAGCGGCCUUAAACUUCGUAUCAGUCCCUCCAUUUUCGCUUCUCCCUCUCUUCCGUCUCCGUCCUCAUCUGAUGCCUUGGCGAUAGGAUCGCCUUCGUCCCCUGUCUCAGCUGCCUCAGCUGCCUCAGCGAUCGUCUCCGGAAGAAGAUCCUCCAGGAAUCGCUUGCAUGCGGUGAUUGUGAUCACCGGAAAUGGCGGGACACAAUUGAAUCGCGGAGCCGCGCCGAGCAGGUUGAGCCACCGGGAACAGUUUCGGAUAACGGGGAUUCGUCUCUGCCAGCCCGUUCGCCACAGAUGGAUCGAAUGCGACCUGUGUACGUUCGGCAGCAAAGCAACCCAGGCACUCCGGGGGCGCCGGCCUCGCCAGUUAUGUCACCGCUGCACCGCCAUGCUCGGUCAGGAUCGACUGGUGUUGGCAAUGUAAAGAAGGCGCAUACGAAAGCUGCAGCUCAGAGGCUGGCCCAGGUGAUGGCCCACCAGCUCGAUGAUGACGAUGAUGAGGAUGACCUGUCCUACGAGUACACUCCUGCCAGUGGCACGGGAAGCAUUGGGCUGGCUGCAGGACGGGGAAUGAGGUCUCGAUCGCCUAUGUCAGUUCGUUCCAAUCAAGAACAUGUACCAGCACGCCCCGCAGCUAUUGGCAGACCUUCGCUUCCUAACAACUCCAUGGAACCUCCUUCAUCAGUUCAUUUAACCCCUCCCAUUCGGUUAUCACAUCCAAAUUCUGUUGAGCAAUCCCCGUCCGCUCGCUCAUUGGGGAUGGGCCGAUUGCCCCAGCCCAGUAACGCAGAACAGCCUCCAUCUGCUCGUUCAAUGAGGUCCUCUCAGGCCAGCAAUGCGGAACAGCCUCCAUCCGCUCGUACUUUCCGAUCGUCUCCAUCCAUGAAUAUGGAGCAGCCUCCAUCUGCUCGAUCAACAUCAGCCAGUCGCCCCCAUUUUGUCAAACCAGUGUCUGUUGUCCCAGCCAGCAUACCAAUAUCACUAAAGCCAACCACAGCUCCAGCACCAGCUGAGACUCCAGUUGAACAUCGGCGAGAGAGAAGUAUGCUGUCAGUUGAUUGGGAUAAUACAAACUUCAAGGACACUAGCAGCAUGCGCUCAAAUUCAGCUUUACAAGAUGAGCUUGAUAUGCUCCAAGAAGAGAAUGACAGCUUGCUUGAGAAGCUUCGACUUGCUGAAGAGAGAUGUGAGGAAGCAGAGGCAAGAACUCAGCAGCUAGAGAAACAGAUUGCUACACUGGGAGAGGGUACAACCUUAGAAGCCCGUCUUUUAAGCAGAAAGGAGGCAGCUCUGCAGCAAAGAGAGGCUGCCCUGAGAGUUUUAUCACAAAAGCAUGGCAGAAUGGAAGAUAUCGCUGCUCUUCGGGUGGAAGCAGAGACUGCACGAGAUGAGGUGUCAUCUGCAAUGGAGAAGCUUUAUGAACUUCGGGCAAUGAAUCAGAGAGCAAUGUUGACUCAAGAAGAAAAGGAAGAGGUGGUCCUGAAGAGAUGUUGGCUUGCUCGGUAUUGGAAUCUAUGCGUUCGUCAUGGGAUUCAUGGAGAGAUUGCAGAAGCUAAGCACAACUACUGGUCAUCCUUUGCACCUUGUCCUUUGGAAGUUGUACUAGACGCUGGACAAAGAGCUAAAGAAGAGAAUUCAUUCACGUAUGAUGAUUCGGAAAGAAGAUACCUACCUCCACGUGACCUGAAUGAAAACUCUGGAGAGUUGACUAUUGAGAGCAUGCUAUUGGUUGAGAAAGGCUUGCGAGAACUGGUUUCACUAAAGGUCGAGGAUGCAGUUCUGUUUGCAAUGGCACAGCAACGCCGUCGAAAUACUAAAAGAUCGAAUGCUCCAGAAGAACUGAGGUUGCCGACCGAGGGACUGACUGAAUCAUACGAAUUGAGCGAAGGGGAAGCUGAAGAUGUUCAAUUCAAGCAGGCUUGGCUCACAUAUUUCUGGAGAAGAGCCAAAAACCACGGGCUGGAAGAUGAUAUAGCAGAGGAGCGGUUGAUGUUCUGGAUCAACCAAGCCGGUCGGCCCUCCGGUUCCCAUGACGCUGUUGCUGUUGAACGUGGUCUUUUGGAGCUGAGGAAGCUCGGCAUCGAGACCCAGCUAUGGGAAGAAUCCCGCAGAGGGAUCGGGCAAGACCCCUCCAAUUCUAAAAGCCAGAACGACUUCUGAGGAUUGUAACUCAUAUGGUUUCAGUUAAUUAUGGAGAGAGCAAUAUUUGGCACGAGUUACCGUUUUUGCUGCUGUUACCUGAGGGAUCGGACAAUCGAACUAUAAAUUACACUAAUUCUUUCCUACUGCUCA